AUGUCAAAAAGAUCUAGAAGAUCCCAAUUUUUUAAUAAGGAAUUAGAAAUGUUAUUAUAUGUCUAUGGGGAUAUAGCAACACCAUUACCAUCAACGGUCAAAUGUAUGGAUGAGAUUUUAACUUCCUAUUUAGUCGAUUUAUGUGCAGACUCUCGUAAGGUUGCAUUGCAUGCCAAGAGAAAUAAAGUCAAGCUAGAUGAUUUCAAAUUUGCAUUAAGACGAGAUCCAAUAAAAUUAGGUAGAGUUGAAGAAAUUGUUCGACUAAGCAAAGUGAUCAAUGAAGCAAAAAGGUCAAUUAAUUUACCCAAAGCAGAUGAAAUACAAGAAGAAACUUUCAACAACAAUGAAGAUGCUGAGGAAGAAGAAGAAGAAGAAGAGGAAGAAGAUGAUGAUGAGGAAGAAGAAGGGGAGGAAGGACUGGAAGAAGACCUUGAUGUACCUCAUAACGGUGAUAAUCAUGGUAGUAAUAAUAAUAAUGAAGAAGGAGAAAAAGUACGUAGGACAAAGAUCAGCAGCAAUAAAAAGGAUGAAGUUAACAGCCCCUCAACAAAACAACAUCAAAAAGAUGAUGACCCACCAAAGAAAAAAAGGAAAAGAAGAAGAAGAACAAAUAAUUUAACAGACAGCCCAUCGGAUACUACGAAAAAACGAAUAUCAAAAAAGUAG